AAUAUUCUUAAAGAGCUAAGUUUAAUUUAUAAUCGUCAAACACUUUAAGGAGCAUUUAAGUAAGAACUGGAGAUUUAGUCACGAAAGGAAAUUAAAUAACCUGCAAGAAGUCCACCAAACAAGGCAGUAAAUAAGGAAGCGGAGCACAAUUCAGAAAGGUCUUCGUUAGUUCAAGUCCUGCAAAGACCAGAAGAGAAACGAGAACAACAAAAGAGCCUAGAACGGAGUUAUAUCUACAGUCAGCUGCAUUCGAGAACUAGAGAAUUGAACUCGUUUAAAAGGUUAACAAGCAAGAACGUUCUGCUCAUAUCAUGAGCUUUAACAACACCACAGCAGCUGUCUUCAAUGGAGGUUGUUAUUCUGUGCGUUGUAUUUUUUCCUUUACAGAAAACAGCAUCAUAGCGGCUGCUUUCUUUGCUGUUGUCAUCGUGUCUCUGACCGGCAAUAUCUCCACAUGCUAUGUCAUACUGACAAGAAAACAACUGCGCAGCACAGCAAGCAUUUCCACUUUUAAUCUUGCUUUGUCGGACCUUCUGGUAACGAUAGUAUGCGCUCCUGUGAUAACUAUCGACAUUUACGUCGCCAAGAGGUGGAUAUUUGGAGAAGCACUCUGCAAGAUAGUACCAGUCGUACAAAAAAUGUCUGUCAAUGCCUCGAUCAUUAACUUGUUCGUUGUUUCCCUCGAGAAAUUCAUGGCUAUUUGUUUUCCGUUCUGUUUUCGAGCUCGUAAGAAGUCUUUUGUUUAUGGAAUACCAUUUGUAUGGCUUCUUGCUAUAGCACUUGCAGCGCCUCUGGCUAAAUACAGACAGCUGAUUGUCACUCCUAGUACCUCGUACUGCAUAACGGUCUUUCCCGAUGUCAAGACUUCAAGGAUUUUUUCUGUCAUUUACACUUUGACAUUUUUUAUACCAUUAAUCAUGAUGAUCUGCCUACAACUCACAACUAUCCAUAGCUUGAGCAAGAGAGGAAUCACUGCCAACAUCUCCUACAUGAGCCAGCACAACAUACGACGCAAAAAAGCAGCGGUUGUACUUGUUAUUGUCAUGCUCUCAUUUCUUGCUUGCUGGACUCCAAUAUAUUUACUUGCAAUGUUGAAUACGUUUUCUGAAGUCAUGCAGUCGAUGAACAUAAAAACUGUCAACGUAGUUUACGCGGUCUUCACAUGGAUGUUUUACGCAUGCGCAGCUGUACAUCCAUUAAUCUACUUUUUAAUGACGCCACAAGGUAGUAACAGUUUGAAGAGAUUCAGAGGCACCAAUGGUCAAAAAGCAAGAAGAAGACUUAUUUCCAAACCCUCUACUGCAGGGAGCAAUGUAGGAGGGUCAUUCUUACUUUUCACCCGCGAAUCGAGAGUUUAGUGAUACAUAGACUACAAACUAUCUUCAGAUCGGGUUUUUGAUUUAUGGAAAUUUCUUCGCCAGUAAAAAACAUACCUAAGUAAAAAAGUAAAAAGAGCAAAAAGUAAAACAAAAAAACAAAAAACAAAACAAAACAAAACAAACAAACAAACAAACAAAAGAUAUUGAAUGAAAAAAUAGAAAAGGAGCGCGCGUGUUGUGUGCAGUAAUAAAGCACGCGGGGGACGGCAACAGAAGAUAGUACUAAACAAUUGAGCCAAGCAAAUGAAGUACUAAGGCCAAUAUUGCUACUUUCACUUCUAGUUGGAUACGUACCUACGUUUGCAGAACACGAGAGAACUGUUAGGAGAGAGUACUAGGACGCGUGGCGGAGUGCUUCUCGACACUUCUCGAGUGAUCUGCCAAUCCCCAAGUGCUUUAGUCCACACAGCACA